AUUAUGUUGGCUGCAGUGGUUGUGGCCAGAAGGCAGUUUGUGGUGUGUGUAUGUUGCUGGUGUCGAAAGUUUGUGUUUCGUAUGUGAGAUUUUAGGUUAAUUACGUACUAAUUGAGGCUAAAACCGUUGUUUUCUGUAUUUAUUGUGCCUAUCCAUUCAUCAUGGAUGAUAUAGGAGCUGAAGUGAGUCAGAAAAUACGGAGUGCAAUAAAAGCAAAACUGAUGGAACUGGGGGCAUAUGUUGAUGAAGAACUGCCUGAUUAUAUUAUGGUAAUGGUGGCAAACAAAAGGAGUCGCGAACAGAUGGAAGAUGAUCUGCAGCUGUUUUUAGGGUCAAAUACAGAAGAAUUCACAAGCUGGCUACAUCAGGUUCUCCAGAAGUUGCAGGAAGUUACUGUUGCAAGUUUAGAAAGGAAGCGGAAAUUUUCAACAGGUGAUGGUGAGGGAGAGAAUUUGAAGAAGGAGAAGCGCAAGAAAUCUUCAGAAAGGAAGAAAGUUCGACGAGGUGGUGAACAAACAAGAGGGAAAGAUGUCAGAGGUGAUUCAGAGAAUGUAAACCAAAUAUCAGGAAAGCAUAAAGAAUUAGAGAAAGUUACAAAGAGCCAUUUAAAUCAAAGUGUAUCUCACAGUCAGGUUAGUGUUAAGGGCAGUGUAAACAGCAGUGAAUGUGUAAGUAAAUCACAUGCAACAGCUGAAGUAGAACAGAGUGAUAUAAUUACUUCGCUGUCACAUAAAUUUGGCACUACAAAGUCAGGUGACAGUGAUUCUGAGUCAUCACACAUUGUUGGUUUGUCACACAGAAAUGAGGGAACUUUGAAGUCCAUAGAAGAGUCUGAUGCAUUAUAUUCAGGAAAAUCUGGUUACAGAAAAGUUACUUUAGCUGGGAAAAACAGUACUUCCGGUAAAAUUAUUUGUAGUUCAGUGGAAGGAACUCAGAGUUCAGUGUUGAGUCCAGUGACAAACAGCAGCAGUGGGGCAGAUGCUGCAAGCCAAGGUGCUGUGCACCUAGAGCCAUUGUCCAGGCCCAAGAUCGUCUUGAUGCAAAGUGAUGACGACGAUGAUGAUGAAGACUUCAUCAACAUCAAAGCAGAUGCUGAAGCAGAAGAGUUACUGGAUGCUGAGCUUCCAAAAGGAGCUCAAGAAACUAUCGGCAGUGGCAUGAAGAGCAGUACCACAGACUUAGGCAACAAGGGUGACAGCACUCUGACUGCUGUGGCUGAAGAUAAGCAGAACACAUCCAGUGUAGGAGGGCUUCAGCUGUCAGACAGGCUUGGUGCAAAAGUUACCACUGGAUCAGUUUUAGACAGGCUUGGUGUUAGAAAAGUUACCCAUGAAAGUAAUUUGCCAUUGAUUCGCAUUACAGAUCGUUUGGGACAUAAAAUAAUUCCUCCAGAGACAGACAAACAUGGCAGUAGGAAAGUUAUUUCAGUUAGAUCUGAAGGUGUGACAAGACACACAGACUCAAGCCAAGAAGUGCCCACACUGGGUGGCAGAGUAGUGCCAGGUAACAGAAGAAGCAUUUCGGUGAUAUCACAGUCAGAACGGUGUAAUAUAUCCGUGGCACAAGUUGCACCCACAGCAGUGAAAGGAACAUCUGGGCUGAUGAAUGUCAACGCAGAGACAGAACCGUUGGGACCAAGAGCAGUGCACAGGCCACUGGAUGAAGACAGCAUUACUGGCAGAGAUCAGGUGCCUCGAAAACGGCCGCUGCUUUCAAGAGUAGUCGCCAUGCGUAGAGAUGCUGAAGAGGAAGAAUAUGAUCCUGUGAACCCUGGUGUUGGAUCACUGGCAUCAGUUAUUUGUGUGAAGCCUCGCCCCAUAGUUCCCGCAGCUCUUCAGGCCAAUAAGAAUCUCAUCCUGAAAGCCAUGGCAGAGGCUCACAAGUCUGUUGCCAGUGCACCAAAACGUGUGGAACCUCAUGAGCGUUCAGAUGGCCUGUAUACCAGGAAGUUUCGAGAUAACAAAGGUAGUGAUAAGAUUGCUAUCACUCUGCCUAACAGAAGAAUGCAACCACGUAAGGAUCUUCCUGUGAUGGAAAAACCAUCUGAUAUUGAACGAAUAGUGAUCCCAGUCAAGUUGGAGGCAUCUAGGUCCAUCUCAAGUGUCAACUUGCAGCAGAAAAUUGUUAUUCAGGUUUCUUCAGAUAAACCUGCAGCACAGGAAACUGUUCCUCCACCCGAUAUAUUGCAUUCUAAAGUCCCGGAGGAGAAUGUCACAGGAGAUGUAAAUCCUGAUUAUGAUGACGGAAGCACAAAAUUAUUGGAAGUCACUUCUGGCGUAGAAAGAGGGAUGGAAGGGAAGGUUGAGGCCCAUGAUGAUGCCAAGAGGUCAGUUGUCAGUGGAUCCUGGUCCAAGGAUCCUCCUGUACAGGUGGAGUCUGUCAGUUUACCAGAGGUUUCUCGGUCUGAAAGUCCUCAAUUUGUAGUGACACUCGAUGGUCUGGAUCCUUCAAUAUUUCAUGCCCAUUCUCAAACAAAGCAGCAGACAUCUUCUGUCAUUAUGAACAGCCCAAAUACAGACUCUGAAUCAUCAGCAGUUGAAUAUGAAGACAGCGAAGUAAACAGGACUGAAGAGGUGCAGAGAGAGAAGAGACCGGCAUCACCAAUAUUGUAUCAGAAGUCAUCCAGCCCUGAUGCUACAGGUGGUGUGAAGCAGAAGAUAAGUGAGAGAUGCAAAUAUUGGCCAGCCUGUAGGUCAGGAGACAAGUGCAGUUACUCGCACCCAACUGUUCCUUGCAAAUCUUUUCCUAAUUGCAAAUUUGGUGACAAAUGCUUGUACAUCCAUCCAAACUGCAAGUUUGAUGCUUCAUGUACACGAAGAGACUGUCCUUUCACACAUGCUAGUCCUCGUAAUGUGAGCAGCGCCUCUCCUGCAGUUCCAAGGCUUGCAGCAUCAGCAGGCAGACCCCCACAGCAGGUGUGCAGGUUCUUCCCAAAGUGCAGCAACACACACUGUCGCUUCUUGCAUCCUAAGCCUUGUCGGUAUGGCCGGUACUGCAGCAGGAAGACAGACUGCAGUUUUCUUCAUGAAGAUAUUCCACCGGCUGACAAACUGAAGUGGUUUUGUCCCUUUAAGUUGUGAACCAAUGUCUGAGUGCAUUGUGUACAAGUUUUACUAUACUAGAGAACAGAUGCAAUCAAGAAACAAGGAACUGGAUGUGAAAUAUAACUCUAGAGCAUU